AUGGCAAGAUUGAAGUUGUUAUGGAUCACUUUGAAACAACAGUCAACAACACAUCAAUCAUUGAUCGACAUAAAGAAUGAGGUCACUGAUCAAUUCAAACAACUUCAUGAUUUGCUCAUCAUUGAAGAACACAAGAUCAACUCUAUACUCAAUGACAGAGUGCAACAAACAUCAUCGACCAUCCAUGACAUUAUCAAUGAGAUCAAGUCAAUCAACGAAAUAUUCAAACCAUCAUCCGGUGUCAGUGACAAAGUCGAUGGUGUCAAUGAUGACAAUAACAUCACUCAAACAAUCAGAUCAUGCCAAUCACUGGAUCAAUUCAUCGAGCAGGCAUUCCCAACAACAUCAUCUGGCAUCAACCAAGAUGUCUCGAUCACUAUCACAGACAAUGAGUUGUUGACAUUGAUUCAAAGAAAUGUUCAGAUGAGUACUACCUCAAAGUAUCAACUGACUCGAUCAAUCAGACUGGACAUUGACACUGACACAUUGGAUGACAUCAAGAAACAAAUCCCAUCAUGUUUCCAAUUGUUGGAGGACACUGACAAGUUCACCGCUGAUCUUGAUCAUCACGUGAUGGUUUACAAAACUGAUGAAUAUUCAUUGUUCUCACCAAUGACCAACACAUGGACUGUGAUCAAAGAGGGAGGUAUCUACAAUGGCGCAUAUCAUUCGGCAGUGUAUGCACAUGGAUAUAUCUAUAUGUUUGGAGGUCAGAAGGAUGACCUAACAAAGUACUGUCGCUUCUCCAUUGCCACUCGUGAAUGGCAACGCAACAUCCCAAUCGUUGGAGUGUCUGGCGGCACAUUUAUACAUACAUGCUAUGAUGGUGAUCGACACAUCUACCUGAUCGGCGGUGAAGAUGAUGAAUGCAUCGGUGCCCUCACAAGAUUAGCCAGCUUCAACAUUGACACUCAACAAUUCACUCAUGUCGGUGAUUUCAAUCUUUCGUUAUAUCCUGAUACAACCAUCAUCUACUCCAACGUGAUCUACGCAUUCAUUGAUAGCGAAGAUAAGGAACGCAUCCACAUCCAAUCAUUCAAUGUGAUCACAAAACAGCAGGAUGAGUACGCUCUGAUGCCAGGAAGGAAUGGAUCAGAUGUCUUUAAUGAUAUCCUCUGUCGAUGUACCUCUGAGCCAGGAACACUAAUGCUUCUCAAUGGAAAAGAUAUGAACUAUCAAUAUUCAAUCAAGCUGGAUGAAUGGUCCAAGAUCAAUGACAACGACCAAUUCAAGCAUAGAGGCACUGGAACAUGUGAGUUGUUUGACAGGCCUCGCGUCAUUCACAGACAAUGA